CACACUUUUCAUUUUAUGAAAAAUUUAGUUUUCACAUUUGGUAGAAAAUAGUAUUUGUAGGAUUAACUUUUAUUUGAAGUUCUGGUUUUUCAGGGAAAAGAAUUUGUAUCAGCAAAUCCUAGCCCUAUGUUACAAGAAUCCUUGAAAUGUUUUACAGGUGAUGAUGAGCAGUCUACACAGAUGGCUGCUAGCUGGGAAGAUGAGAAAGUGACAGAAGCGUCUUCAAACAGUUUUGUUGCUAUUAAAAUUGAUACCAAAAGUGAAGCCUGCCUUCAAUUUUCACAAAUCUAUCCUGUAGUGUGUGUUCCAUCCAGUUUCUUUAUUGGAGACAGUGGAAUUCCCUUGGAAGUAAUAGCAGGAAGUGUUUCUGCAGAUGAACUUGUUACAAGAAUUCACAAAGUCCGACAGAUGCACUCAAUAAAAGGUGAAACAUCAGUGGCAAAUGGUAGCCAGUCAGAAAGUUCAGUGUCUACUCCAUCUGCCUCACUUGAACCUAACAGCACUUUUGAAAACUGUCAGUCCAGAAAUGAAGAACUUUGUGAGACACCACCCACUUCUCUUGAUACAAAGUCAGAUACUGCAGCAGGAGGAGAAAGUUCAGGCCAUGCCACUCCGUCUCAGGAGCCCAGUGGAAGUUCAAGUCAGAGACCUGCAGAAGACCUUACCGUCCGAGUGGAAAGACUAACAAAAAAACUUGAAGAAAGGAGAGAAGAGAAAAGGAAAGAGGAAGAACAGAGAGAGAUUAAGAAAGAAAUCGAGAGGAGAAAAACUGGAAAAGAAAUGUUGGAUUAUAAAAGAAAGCAAGAAGAAGAAUUAACAAAAAGAAUGUUAGAGGAAAGAAACAGAGAAAAGGCAGAAGAUAGGGCAGCCCGAGAACGUAUAAAACAGCAGAUUGCAUUGGACCGUGCAGAGAGAGCUGCUCGUUUUGCAAAGACAAAGGAAGAAGCGGAGGCUGCCAAAGCUGCUGCCUUGCUGGCCAAGCAGGCAGAAAUGGAAGUCAAGAGAGAAGCUUAUACAAGAGAAAGAAGCACUGUUGCAAGAAUUCAGUUCCGUCUUCCUGAUGGGUCUUCCUUUACAAAUCAGUUCCCUUCUGAUGCUCCUCUAGAAGAAGCAAGGCAGUUUGCUGCACAGACUGUUGGCAACACUUAUGGUAAUUUUUCAUUAGCAACCAUGUUUCCCAGGAGGGAAUUUACCAAAGAAGAUUAUAAAAAGAAAUUAUUGGAUUUGGAGCUUGCCCCAAGUGCUUCAGUGGUAUUAUUGCCAGCAGGAAGACCGACUGCAUCCAUUGUACACUCUUCCAGUGGAGACAUUUGGACAUUGUUGGGGACAGUACUUUAUCCAUUCCUUGCCAUCUGGAGAUUGAUUAGCAAUUUCUUAUUUAGUAAUCCUCCUCCUGCCCAGACUUCAGUGAGAGUGACAUCGUCGGAACCCUCAAACCCUGCAUCAUCUAGCAAAUCAGAAAAAAGGAAACCAGUCAGAAAAAGAGUGCUGGAAAAACGUGGGGAAGACUUUAAAAAGGAGGGGAAGAUAUAUAGAUUGAGGACUCAAGAUGAUGGUGAAGAUGAAAACAACACUUGGAAUGGAAACUCUACUCAGCAGAUGUAGAGCGACAAGUCCAAUAUGUGCAAUAAUCAUUGUUUCUCUUAUGACUUAAUUCAACUAAAAUUUUACUGGAGGAGUGGGAGUGCUUUAUGUUUUCCAGCUGAUCUAUAAAGUGUCUUUUUAUUCCUGCUUAGUGGGUGUGGGUUAAAGUUGUUUAACUCAGAAAAGUCAAGACAUAAAAUAAUUGGCUGCUAGGUCCUCGCAUAUGGUAACCCCUGCUAGAAGCCUAAAAGAAGCAAAAGGUCUGCCACAGCCUGCUGCCCUCAGCUUCUUAUGUUCAGUAUUCCCUCUGCCUGUUGCCCUAUGCUCUCAGACAGCACUUUUGUUUAGAGCUGUUUUGCUCUAAAACUUGUAAGCCCACACAAAGUAACUCGUAUGUCACUGAGUAAUUUGACUCUGGGUCAGAGCAUUUUAACUAGCCACUCAAAUGAUAAUUUAUGUUUCACUUUUCUCUUUUUGCCCAUCAGCUGCAAGCAGAAUCUUGUAGUUUUUAAUCUCACUUAAACACUGAAUAAAAAAAUCUUUUCCAAUCUUUUCGGAAUGAUCUUAUUUUUGCUUUAAGUUUUGUUAUCCUAGCAUCUUUUUGUUGCGCAGGGCUCUGUUGAAGUCUCAUGUCUCUGAUUUUUUUCCCCCCAGUACUGCCCUGGAGCUAUUUCAGGAAAGUAGCUGGCCAUCUUACCUUAAAUAUCACUGAAGAAAGAAAUUUUCUGACACAUUACUCCCAUGUUACUGACUUUCCUGAGUCAGUGAGGCAUUACUUUGUUUGCAUUAAGUUAUGGUUUGUUAAGUUAUGGUUUGUUAAAGUUUUUGUUCUCAUCAGAUGUUUAAAAAAACUGCUAGUCCACAAUCUAGUCUUCUCUCACAUUUAUACUGAAGUUUUGUCCUCAGUAAUCACACUUCAAGGACCUAAAGUAUCUGGAGGACAAGAAGUAUGGAAUAUAGACAUACCUUCAGUCAUUUGGUUAUUCUUAAGAAUUUGAGAUUCUUAAUCUGACUUACAUGUUAUUUUAUCCAUAUGUUUUUGGUAGUAGACACCACUAAACUAAUGAUGUUUGAAAACAGUUCUUCUGUUUUCGAUUGAAGAUAGCACUCUUAUGUGAAAAUAUGGAAAGACUCUUGACUUUGUUUUGUAAUGAAAGGAAGAAGUUUUCUCAGAGCAAAUUUUCUGUUGUUCACCUAUAAAAUAUCAAUGACUUUUAAAAAUGGGAAUAGUGUUGGCAAGGAAACAGUGAGUCAGUCUUCGCUGUUGGAAGGAAGGGAAAACCAGUAUAAUAUUUCUGAAAAACAUUGAUCAGAAACUAAAUAUUCAUACUCUGAUCCAAUAGCUUUUUCUAAACCAUAAAUGCAGACGUCUAGCUAUAAGCGUUACUCAUUAAGUGUUAUUUAUUUUACUCAAGAACUGGAAACCAACUAAAUGCCUUCUGUGGAAGUAAUUAAUUUUUGAUGAAAAAAGGUACAAUAUUAGUUAGCGACUCAGUUUAACAUUUGCCUGUUGAGCCCCUGUUAUGCGUUGGGGAAAGGAAGCAGGACUCAGAGCUGCAGGUCCAGUGUGACCUCCGCCCUGCAAACACAUUUCCUGUACGGAUAGUACUAGGUAUUAAUACAUGUGUAAAGACAAAAGAAACCCACCAAAAUGUUAAUAAUGGUAAGAGUGGUUAUAUAUGUGAUUUUAGUGGAUUUUUGCACCCUUAUGUUUUCCAAGUUUGCUGCAGUGAGCAUAUUAUUUCCGCAACAUAAAACGUGUAUUUGAAAAAGAAAAUAUCCAGCAAGCAUCCCAUUUAAGUAAAGGCUUGUCAUCUUCAAAAAUACAGCAAUAUAUGACUUUAAGAAAAAAAGCCUGUCAAAUGGGUAUGACCCUACUAAUAACUAUUAGAAAUACAUUUGGAAAAACAUCAAGUACCUCAAGUCAGUUUGCCUUGAAAAAUAUCUAAUAUAAAUCUUAGAGAAAUAUACAUUGAAGAAUGCUUCAUAAUUCUGGGUAGGAGGAUUCCUCAAUUUUAUAUUUAAAAAAAGUACACAUGGUUAAAAACCCUCAAAACCAUAUAUAAGGCUAUAUAAAAUGAAAGUGAAAUCUCUCUCCUUACAUUUUACCCCAGUACUAUUCUCCAGAGGUAAUCUAUUGACAGUUUCUUAUGUAAUUUUCAGAAAAUUUGUAUGCAUAUAUAAGCAAAUAUGUAAUCUUUAUUUUUUAAAUAAAUGGGAUCAUAUUAUAUACACUA